GAGUGUAUAUAGAAAAAUAUAUAUUUAAUAUCCAAACCCAAAUACCUUACCGCAUCCGCUUCUCACCGUAUAUAUAUUCCGAUUUUUUAACUCCCCUCACACCGAAAAAACCUGGCUAAAAACACCUAAAAACUCGUAUUAUAGACUAAUACAAACAAGUACUACCCUUGAUCAGUCGUACACAGGCGUCUUUUAUAUUUUUCUACUUUUAUAAAACUGUAACGUUAACGUUUUUAUAUAGUAUCUGUCAAAAAGACCUUCGAAUUUGCUGUCAUAGAUGUUAUAAAUAAGUAAAAUAACUAACAUUUCCUUCGGUAUAUAUUGUAACAAAAUAUAAAUAUAAAUAAAUAUAGUUCUUGGUGCUACCGGCAGUGGCUGUAUUGAAACCAGAUUGGCCCUCGAUAAGAAAGAACUACAGAUUACGUAUUUCGAACUGAAGAAACAAGAAGAAGCAAGAAGAUAGAAACCAAAACAGACGCAAGCAUCAAUCAAGCAGCGAAGCCACUCGAAGUCAAGGCGUCGUAGAAUCAAUCAAUGUUCUGUUAAAUCGUGUCUUUCAAGUUUAGUCCAGCGAAUACACAUAUAAUAUUUAUACAUACAUAGAAUAACGUAGAAAACACGUCUCAUCAUGCAUAUUGAAGUACAAGUAGCGCUGAAUUUCGUGAUAUCGUACCUGUACAACAAACUUCCCAGACGGAGAGUCAACAUAUUCGGCGAAGAGUUGGAAAAAGCUUUAAAAGACAAAUUCCAAGGUCACUGGUAUCCCGACAAACCCUUCAAAGGCUCGGCUUUCCGAUGCCUAAAAACGGGAGAUCCCAUCGACAAGGUCCUGGAAAGGGCUGCCAGAGAGAGCGGAGUGCCCAUCCAGGACAUCCUAGAGAACCUCCCGCAAGAACUGGCAGUGUGGGUGGACCCUGGCGAAGUUAGCUACAGAAUCGGAGAGAAGGGAGCUGUCAAAAUACUGUUCAGCGACAAGGCGGACCCUCAAGAGGACCAUUCGGCUGAUAGAGAGGUGACCAAAACCUUCAACCCGGAAGCUCAGUGCUUCAGGCCGAUUGACUCUGUCAGCUGCAGCCUGAACAACCUCAGCUUGUCGCCCAGCAAGUCAUUGACGCCCUUUGCCAACGUAGCUCCUGGGAAUCCAGUAGAACCCCAGAUCCAGGGACAGGCGGUUACUCAGAAUGGUGCUCAGCCUUUGCCCAACAAUCAUCUCAACUCAAACUCAACGGCUCCGUCCCCGACAUCCAUGGGCAACUCGUUCAAAGGCUCGCCAUCGCCGGUACCCACGUUCAUACCCAGAACCACCACGCCACUGACCUUCACCACCGCUACAUUUGCUCAGACGAAAUUCGGCAGUACCAAGCUCAAGACCAGCAGCAAAAGAGCCAACAGAAUGUCACCAACGGAAUUCUCCAACUACAUCAAACAGCGCGCCAUGCAACAACAAAUGCACCAGCAACCCCCUCACCAUUCCCCCGGCAGUCGAGCUUUGUCCCCCGACCCCUCCGCCUACUACUUCCCGCCGCACGGCCACUACCCCCCUCCCUUUCCCCCCAGGUCGGUGUUCGAGUCUUCCAACCAGUUCCUGAGUCCCGGGGACCUCUAUCCUCCUACCAAGAGCAACCCGUUGAGUUUUCCCUUCGAUAACUCCCCCUUCGGACCGUUCUACCCCAACAACAACAAUACCGGCGGUAUGAACGUGCCUCCUAGCGGCGGAAUGGGGUCCAACGGCGCGCAGAACAAGGACUUGCUGGAGAACAACUGGGGUUAUGGAAAUGCAGGGCAGUACCAACACUUGCUGGUGGCUAAUUGAGGUGGGAGCUAGGUGGGAGGAGGCGUCUUGCGAUUCUAUUGUGUCUUUCUGCGAGGAUGGGAGUUUUUUAGUGGUACUAUGAAGGUUAUGUCUAUGAAGAUAACGUCUAAAUCUAGUUACAAGCUAGAAAUCACAAUAUGUCUUAAAGACUCUUGUUGAUUUUUUUUGUCCCUAUAGAAAACUGGGAAGAUUAUUAUACAGGGUUUCCUUUUUGUAGAAACAUUUUAAACCUCCCAAAAUAACUCUAAAAGAUUACCUGAUUAAAUAAUAAAAAAACUCUUAAAAUGAUGACGUUAUCUUUGUAGAUAUUGAGUCAAAUUUGACAGCUCUGUAUUGGGUUUGCUUCUGUAACUUAUACAGUACUGCUCAAAAAAAAAUACCUGAAAGGAAUGAAACCAAAACCUAAUUGAGAACUGUUAAAUUUUUCAACUCCACAUUAUUUGUGAAAAUGCUGUUUUGUGUGUUUCUACACUGACUUAAAAUUUUUGGAUUUUAUUUUUUUUAGAACAAAAAAUAUAUAACUUUAAAAUACAUUCAGCAGGUCUGUCUAGAAAAAAGACGAUGUCGUAGUAAGCGUAGUAUGGUUAUAUAAUACAUCACAGAAAUCAAGAAACAUACAAAACAGUGUUAGUUUUUUUUUGUUUCUAACAAACCGAAUGUACAAAAAAAAAUAGGAAAAAAAGAAAAACUAUAUAUAGUUCUUGUGGAUUUUUAUAUUUGUCUUAGUUGAAUAGUUCCUACUUUUUAUAUUUGCUUAAAUUUGAUAUUUUUAUUUGUUAUUUUUUUACGUAAAUUAAUCGAGAGUAACGCAAGUAUAGUAAUUGAGUAAAAUUUGUAAAUAUAUAUAGUAUAAUAAGUUUCUUUAUAACGGGAAAAAAUGUCGAUGCAGUAACCAGUAAAAAAAAGUUCCACUUCUCUUGGAACCAGUGAUCUCUCUAAUAUUAAAAUAAUUUGUACAUAAUGUAACUUAUAAUUAUUUAUACAUAACAUAUACAUAUUUUUGUAGGAAAAAAAUCUAGUAUUUCUCACCAAGGUAAAAAUGAAAAAAUAUACCGGAAAAAGUGAAAACGAUGGGAGAAAACAAAUAUAUUUUUCUUAAUGGGGAAAUUUUUGUCGAGUCCUAACCUCGUCUAGAUAGAUAGUCUAGAUGGAAGUUUCAUUAAAUAAUACGGGUCGCACACUGGCAGACUUGUUGUAUGUUUGAUACGUCCAUCUUGCUUGAUUUUGAACUUAUACAAUUUUUAACUCAAAAUUAAUCAUUAUUGUAAGGAAUUUUUUGAUCUAAUAAAAACGUAAUGUCGUAUGUCGUAAUAGACGAGAAAUACUGUAUACAGGGUGGGUCUUAAAUAAGUGCCCACAGUAGAUCUCGAUAAAAGAAACAUACUUUCUCUUUGUCCUUUUUCAAAUAAGUAAUUAUAAAAAAGAGUUAUUUUACUUUGAAAAUUUUUAAUAAAAUUGUUUUUUGCUUAAAUUUUGGGAACCACUAAUUUUUUUAGGUUGUAUUUCCUCUAAAUAUAAUCUACUACCUAUGUUGCCAUAUCAUCAAGAUAUUAUAUUUUUAAACUGACAAAAAACUAAAUUUUUUUUCGAAAAUUACAAAAUAUUCAAUAUUUUUUUUUUUUGGAGAAAAAAGUUCACAGCAUGUUCUUGACAUCGAAGUAUACCAUCCCUAAAAAUAUGUGCACUUAUUUAAGACUCACCCUAUAAAUAUCGUUGAAGUUCUUGAAAUAUAACAAAAUAUUUGAAAACAUUUUUAAGAUUACAGUAUUAAAAUUAUAUAUUUCCAACAAAAAAAGAUUUUUUUAACUACACCAAAAAAUAAAACGUUUCAUCCACUGAAUAAAAUACUCAAAUAUAAGUAUAAUAUCAAGUUUUGACACAAUAUUUUCCAGAUUUAUAUGCCUUGCAGAAAAUUAACUACGACUGUAAUUAUCAAUGUAUAGAACUUCAAAAAGUGGACAAAAUAAUGGUUUAAACCUUACCAUGAUACGAUCAUUUUUUCAAGGAAUAUGUUACUAAAUCGGAAAUGUUUGCCGGUGUGUGGCCCCCCUUAUAAGUUCGAACUCUUUAAAAUGUUUUUUUUUGCGAGAAAAAAAAUCGUAGUAGGUUAUUUUUUAUACGAGAACAUCACCAAAAACUUUUAUAUUAUAGGAAGGAGAAAGACAGUAGUAGAAUCAUUAGAAUCGCUUCUGAUAUUGAUCAGAAAUCGAUCACGACUAUUUAAGCCCAAGUAACGGACAUGAAAAUGAUAGAAAUCAUCCAAAAUAGCUUGAUAUAUUAUAAUUAAAAUAUACUUUUAGAUUUUUAUAAAGAAGAAAGUAGGAAUUUAGAAAGUUUAUAUAUAAAUAUAUAGAUGUUUCUUACUUUAUAUAUGGUGUUUACAGUAUUCGAUAAAUAGUGUAGCCUAUAAAUAGUGCGUUUCCAGUGAAGAUUUUUUAUAUAUCGUAUGUAUUUUUUUUAUUUUUGUAUAUGAGAACGAGAUAUAUAUGAUUAACAUGAUAGAAAAAGCUCAAGCUAUCAUCUAGUCCCCAAAAUGUUAUAAUCCUUUUUUUAUCGAUUAAUGUGUAGGGCAUAUCAAUAUAAAAUACUAUAUAAAUAUAUGAUUAUACUUAGGGAAAACUUAGAUACCAGAAAUAUACUUAGUAA